CGCGCGCGCGCGCGCGCGUGCGCCAGCCAAGGAAUUUCACUCCCCCUCUUUCUCCAAGACUUCCUACCUCUCUAUAAAUAAUUGUUCUCUUCCCUCCCUUCAGACCUGGGAGUAGUUUGGUCACAUUAACGCACGCGCGCCGGCACACACACACACUUUCGGGGGGCGGGGACGUGGGCAUGGGUGACCUUGUGAAGGUACUAGCCCACUGGGGAUAGGAUUAGCAAACCUGAAACCUCUGCAAAUAUCUGGCUUCCUCCCGCAUUCCUCCCGAGGCUUCUCGCAGUCUAGUGCCUACCUCACCCAGUACCCUUUAGGCUCGCUCCGCCAUACAAAGCCCGAUCCGCCUAUCUCCUCUUCGCAAACCCCGAGAACUUCAUUCCGCACGUUGAAACUCGUCGGUGGCGGUGGCGGGUAGGACUGGGCAUGCUCAGUGGCGGGGACAGGUCUAGGAGGCGAGGAAGCCGCAUUUGAAGUGGCUCGGCCUUGGGAUGAGGGGGAGGCGGGCUCCCCGGCCGGGGUCCGCGGAGGUUCCCGCAGCGGCGCGCGAUGCCGAAACGCUGCGGGCAGGAGCAGCAAGCCCGGCGCGCCGGGCCCAGCUCGCCGAAGACGUGGGGACGCCGACGGGAGGAGGGGAGGAGCGCCGGGGCCGCCAGCCCCCGGCCGCGGCGCGGAGGCUGCGGGAGAGCAAGCCGCAGGGUGGAUCGGAAGACCGGAGGACGGCGGACCGUGACCUCCAGCGAGGCUGCCUGAGCCGGAGCCCGCGCACCGCCCCGCCGGUCCCGGGCAUGGGCGAUCGCGGCGCACAGCACGAGCGCGCGGCCCUGCAGUCCCCGGGGGCCCCCGAGGGCGCCGCGGCUGCCGUGAACGGGCUGCUGCACAACGGCUUCCACCCGCCGGCCGCCUGCAGCCGAGACCCGCCGCCCCCACGCUUCCAGCUCCCGCCCGAGCUGCAGCCGCAGCAGCAGCCGCUGUUCGCCCAGCAUGAUUCUCCGGCCAAGAAAUGCCGGCUGCGGAGGAGGAUGGACUCCGGGAGGAAGAACAGGCCGCCAUUCCCGUGGUUUGGCAUGGAUAUUGGUGGAACCCUGGUUAAGUUGGUUUACUUUGAACCGAAGGAUAUCACGGCAGAAGAAGAGCAGGAAGAAGUGGAGAACCUGAAGAGCAUCCGGAAGUAUUUGACUUCUAACACUGCCUAUGGCAAAACUGGGAUCCGAGACGUCCAUCUGGAACUGAAAAACCUCACCAUGUGUGGGCGCAAAGGGAACCUGCACUUCAUCCGCUUCCCCACCUGUGCCAUGCACAUGUUCAUCCAGAUGGGCAGCGAGAAGAACUUCUCCAGCCUUCACACCACCCUCUGUGCCACGGGAGGUGGGGCUUUCAAGUUUGAGGAGGACUUCAGAAUGAUUGCGGACCUGCAGCUGCAUAAGCUGGAUGAACUGGACUGUUUGAUUCAGGGCCUGCUUUACGUUGACUCGGUUGGCUUCAACGGCAAACCAGAAUGCUACUAUUUCGAAAACCCCACAAAUCCCGAGUUGUGUCAAAAAAAGCCAUACUGUUUGGAUAACCCGUACCCUAUGUUGCUGGUUAACAUGGGCUCAGGUGUCAGCAUUCUGGCUGUGUACUCCAAAGACAACUACAAAAGAGUGACGGGGACCAGUCUUGGAGGUGGGACAUUCCUAGGCCUAUGUUGCUUGCUGACUGGUUGUGAGACCUUUGAAGAAGCUCUGGACAUGGCAGCUAAAGGCGACAGCACCAAUGUUGAUAAGCUGGUGAAGGACAUUUACGGAGGAGACUAUGAACGAUUUGGCCUUCAAGGAUCUGCCGUAGCAUCAAGCUUUGGCAACAUGAUGAGCAAAGAAAAGAGAGAGUCCAUCAGCAAAGAAGACCUCGCCCGAGCCACAUUGGUCACCAUCACCAACAACAUUGGCUCCAUUGCUCGGAUGUGUGCACUGAAUGAGAAUAUCGACAGAGUUGUAUUUGUUGGGAACUUUCUCAGAAUCAAUAUGGUCUCGAUGAAGUUGCUGGCAUACGCCAUGGACUUUUGGUCUAAAGGACAGCUGAAAGCACUGUUUUUGGAACAUGAGGGUUACUUCGGAGCUGUUGGGGCCCUUUUGGAACUGUUCAAAAUGACUGACACGCAGUAGAGAAACAGCCCCUUGUGAAGACCGAGGACUGAUGGCCAAUGCCAGAGAAGGUGACGUCUCUGUGGGGCAGAAACCAAGCCACUAUGGUGGAUGAACCUGCUGUAUUUGUAAAUAACCUAAAAUCCUAGACCUUUUGCUCUUCGUUUCAAGCUUAUGAUACAAAAUGGGGAAUCUAAGAAUUUUUUUCUGUAUACUGUAUUUUUUAAAAAAGAAAAAAGAAAUUGUGCAGCGUGGCCAAACCUACCAAUUUCAUGCAUUAACUUUGAAAAGUUGUAUGAUGUUCAAGAGGGGCCUGAAAUGAGAGCGCUGUCCAUUUUUCUUCUGGGGUUUACUGAUCAGUGUGGUAAUUUAAACUUCAUUUAGUAAUUACUCUAGGAGAUUUUUGCCUUUACUUAAUAUUUUUUCAUGACGUUUCAUGAUUUGCUGUUGGUUUCAAAUGAAACUACGAAUCUGGCAUGUUGCACUGUGAACACUUUUUGUUUGUUCUCUCUCUCUUUAAUCCUUUCUGUUUCGAUGUCUUAGGACAGAAAAGGAAAAGAAGUUUCCCCUCCCCCACCCCUGUUUUUUUUGUUCCUCGUGAUUUCUCUCCUCUCUGUCCAUAUGCUUUCCUUGUUGUAACCGCUCAAUCAAGGUGCUGACCAAUUCAACACAAAGUUAAACACGUAAUUUACGGCUCUGAAAGUGUGGCCAUGUGAGAAGACUUUAAAGGAAGGGGUUGAUGAGAGUGGCAUACAUUGGACGUUAUAUGCAGUGCAAUUUUAUCUUUGCCUUCUUACCCCUCAUCACUAGAGUGUCCCACUGGCUUUACUUCACACUACACUGAAAUAGUCUGUGACGGCAUGUCCUCAUUUGUGUACGCCACGGGGAGGGCAGCAAACCCCUGUGUAAAUUUGGAGGGGCUCCCAAAGCUGAUCCGAUCACACCGGGCCUAGGGCAAAAGUCCUGGGUUGAGAUGUUAGAAAUCAUGGUCUGUCUUAUAUAUGUUCGUACCUAGGAAGGGUGUAACGAGACAUCCCAAGUAAUAACGUUAAAGCCUGUUUUUUUUUUUUUUAUUUCUAUUUUAGUAUUUAAACUGAGAUUGGUACUUUAUUCCAUUUCUAAAACGUAGAUAUAAUUUAUGAUACACUCACAUCUAUGGACAUUCUGGGAUGUUUUCGUUAAGAUAGACGCGUCACUUUCAAAUGAGGGUGUUGUACACAAACUGUAACAGGAGAGCUAAUGGUCUUUUGGAUUGAGGGUACCCUUCCAAGGGCUUUUUGAAAGGCAAUAGAGUUACUCCUUGGUCAGUCUUCGCCUCUCUACCUUGUGGAGCACCGCCCUUCUUUUCCAUACCCUUGAGCCUUGAAGAAGCUGAUGCUAAUGGAAGAACUCACUUGUCUGGUUGAAAUAAAGCCCGUUUGUGUUGGGAUGUUUUUAGUGUAUAUGUUAUUUUCAUUUCUUAGACCUCGUCUGUCUAUUUAUCUGCUUUAUAUGUCAAGUGACUGUAUGUUGAUAUCGUUGUCGCUGCUGCUGUUUUUCUUUCUCCUGUACAGCUCGUAACAGGAGGCUCUCCCGCAAAUGUGGGAGGGGGUCCAGACUGAGUCUUCAGCCCUGACUGCAGGCCAGCAUUAAGGGUUUCUAAAAAUUCCCUUUAUUGCUCUUACAUUAUUGACUGCUUAAUGCCAAAAUACCACUGUGAUAUUUGGUGAUUCUGAACCAGUUUCAAUUUUUUUCUCAUCACGAAUACACUUUGUCGACCUCUUCUUAGCUUUAAAACAUUCAUUCAACUACGGUGUUCUCGAAAGACAUUAUCUCUGUAUUAUCUACCCUAGUGCCUUUUAAUGGUCUCUCCUCCCUUCUUUAGAUUUUCAGGGGACAGCAGACCUGAGACCUGAAGGUCAUGGUCCUGCAAAGGAAAUCAGGGCAAGUAACUGUGCCUAUAUAUUUAUUAAUUAUCUGAAAUCCCUUGGUCUCUCCCUACCAACAUCCAAAAUGCUGGAGCUGGGUGUGAGGGUGUCCAUUUGUAAUCCCAGCCAAAGGAGGUUAGGACAUGAGGAUCAGUGUGAGUUCAGGGCUAGCUUGGGCUACAUGGGGUUCCAGGCUAGUCUUCAUAUGCAUCCCACACAACCCUCACUCCAUCCCAUUUAUUUCUGUCUCCCUCUGCUCACCUGUUUCUCAUUCUCUCCCUUUCUUUCUCUCUCCCUCUAUCUCUUACACACACACACACACACACACACACACACACACACACACCCGUUGAUACAGAUCAACACUCCUCAGUCUGUGAGUAAAUGACCCCUUUGGGAGUCAGGCGAGUCACAGGGUAGCAUAUCAGACAUCCUACAUAUCGGUUAUUUACAUUACGAUUCAUAGCACUAGCAACAUUACAGUUAUGAAGUGGCAACAAAACAUUGUAUGAUGGGGGUGGUCAGCAUAGCAUGAGAAGCUGUAUUAAAGGGUCACAGCAUUAGAAAAGUUGAGAACCAUCGGUCUAGAUGAAGAAAUAAGUUUUCCAUUAAACUGUCAAUUAAACAUGUUGGCUACAUAGAGCCAACUUGUUUUUAUGACGAGGAACUUGGGUACGGAGCAGUUUUUACACUUUUAAAAUCGUUUUCCUUGGAUUCACCAUCACGAAGGAAUAUGGCGAGAAUUAAAAGCAAACAACAGACGAAAAUCCUGUGCUGUGUGAAUCAGGAUAGUCAGACACACAGAGUGUGGUUUGUUCUUGUGAGACAGCUCCGGUUCAGAUAACAGCUUAGACAGUGACUGACUAUAAAAGCAGGUUGCCAGAAUCCUCUUUAAACUCGUUUGCUCCCCUGUAAAAUUCAGCAAAUAGUUUUACAUUCGUGUUUUGACACACAUUAAAAUGUGUCAUCUGUGUUUGUUGUGUGUUUUUUUUUAAGAUGUUUUAAAUCAGUGAAUCAAAUAAGUCAUUCCCAACUUUUUCCGUUGUUAAGAAUGGAGACACGGAGAUACAUGGAGACACAGCACAGAACCGCGUGACAGAACGUGACCGCAAUUCUAAAACCCCACACUCUCAGGGUCUGCCAUCACGACUGACUUGGCAGCCUGAGAGGCUUGAGCAUUAUUUGUCACAGUAGUGGGACUUCUUAAAUACUCUGUAGCAGAGCUGUAUGAUUUCAGGGCAGUCUGUCAAGGUGGAAAGUGAUAAAAUGGUUCUGAAUUUUGAAGUUAUGUGUAGUCUUAAGAAUUUCUGUUAAGGUUAAUCAUAUGAGGAGUAUUACAGAGUUACUCCAGGUCACUUAAAAGAACUGGGGAGGGGUGGGAAACCAAGAUGAACAGUAGUAUACAACCCUGCUGCCCAGCAGAGGAAACAGCAAGGGUGCAAGGCAACCUGUGUAAUGAGAGUGACACAGAGACAUUCACUCAUCCUUCUUCCCCAAAGCAGCAGUAAACAAAGGGAGGUCCAUGCUCACAAACGUUACAUUCCCAAAGGAAAAAAAUAGAUUGUUAUAUAAUACAUAAUAAAUAUAUAAUGUCACAUUACAUCACCACUACAAGGGAAAAGUAGGUUAAGGCGAUGUUCCUUUUCCUGGGGAGAGUUCUGUGUAUGUAGGGAAAAGAAGGGGCAGAGUCUCUUCGUCUCUUCGAUCAAGUUGGUCAAAGACAACUCUCACUGGAAAUGACCUGAACAGAGACUUGAUUGAAAAUGGAAACAUACUGAAUCGCUGGGAGGAUAUUUUUCCCACUCGUGGCAAAUGGGAGUGGGAGUUCAGGGGCUAUGUAAGAGGCUCUGUCAUAAAGGGUAACACAUGGCAACAGGGUUGGAGUUAGGAGCCUCCCUGGACCCAGUCCUACUCAGGGUAGGACUUGUAAGAGAGCAGAGGGGGCUGCACUAGAGGAGAAAUGGGCUGGAGGAUUCUCCUCCAUGCUCAGAGAGAUUUUUGUGGAAUUUUAACCAAGGGUGGGUCAGGAGGGGAGGGAUUCUCACCUCAAGGAAGCUAAAUGAGGGAGGAAAUAACCUUCCUGCCUUGUUUACUGACAGGAAACUGGGUGCUAGGAGAGGCAGCCAUCUUACGAAAGGGCUUUUAUCCCCUGCUAAAGAUUUUAGACUUCUCUGUAGUCAGCACGGAGCUAUUGAAGCAUUCAGGUGAAGCCAGAAGUAGCCUGCCUUCAAAGUAACGGAGCAAAUUGUCCUCUGGAGGGAAAUCUAUAAACCAGUUACUGCCCCCCCACACACACACCACCAUUCUGUUACCUGGUUCAUUGUUCCUAGUAUGCCCGUCUCAAGCAAUACCUGCAUGGUGGACCGUGUUCUCUCUGUAGCUACUGAGGGCAACACCUCUACCAUGAAUCUAGUCUGUGAAUAAAGGAAGUUCUGGUUACCAGGGUUUCACCCUAAACUCUUAAUCACUUGCAAGAAUUGUUAAUGUGGAAAGAAAAUAUUCUCCCAGUGACCAGCAGAUGACGACAAUGUCUGAGAAAGAUUUGUAUUCUGUGUUUCGUUUACUGGGCUGACCAGGUGCUCUUUCAUUCAAUCUUCCACACUUUAUUUUUCACGGGAAACUCAUGACACGGGGUGCACUGAGCAACACCAGAUGCCCUCAGCCAGGAACAAGAAAGACUGCACACUCCUGCUUUCUUGAGCUUUCUUUCUGGGAGGGAGGUAGAUAUGUGUAUAAGCCAAGACACAGGAAACUUUCAGAGCAUUCGAUGCCCUUGAAAAGGGGAUAGAACUGAAAUGAUGGACAAGGAAAGGGACCUCCUUGGUCAGAUGUUCCUGGUGUGCACUAGACCUGGAGUCAUGGUCUCGGCUUUUGGGGAUGACGUGCUCUCCUUGCUCUCUGAUUUAAACUAAUCCUUUCAUGGGAUGGUUUGGUCUCCCUUGAAUCUUCAUUGUUGAUACUUUUACCACCAGAAUUACUUCAAAGUUAGUUUCCCGUGUGUAACUUCAGCACUUUGUGAAUUUAUGUAUGAUGUGUUGAUCUUUUCUUCCUCAACCAACCCACAAGCACCUUGACUCAUAAUGAACUCAGUGACUACAGUUUCUGAAAGGUCUCUGCCAGCGAUCCGGUGUAACCGUUUGUGUAGAGCCCUUUAAAGGCAACCUUGAAAGGCUGCUUUUCAAGGAUUCGUCAAUUGCAAUAUAAAAAAAAAUAAACCUAAACUUUGCAUUAAA